GCUGCCCGUGCGCUCACAGACGCCAUAAUAGAUAGUACAUAGCGAUGCACUCUCUAGCAUUCUCUAUGGUUGUUCCACCGUUCGACUAGGAACUACUGAGCUAUAAACUAGGAAAGAACAAGAACUGAGAAUAUAGGGAUUGUCGUUUUAGCAAACUGUAUUUUUCAGAUAAUAUGCAUGUCAUUUCGCGAUUUCUAUUAUUUGAAAAAUGAUUAGACACAUGCUUCGGUAGAGGAUUCUGCGAAUGCUGUUGAUGCAAAGAGAGACAGUCUGUACCAGCUAGCUACCUGUCAGAUCAUUUAGCUUGCUUGUUAACUAGCUUGCCAGAUAAAAACAACUUUAGUUUCUAGCUACUAUUGUUAAAUUGUUAAAGCUCAUUCGCUCAAUAUGAAGACACAUUAUGUGGGGUUGUUGACAGUGUAAACUAGCUUGCUCAAAGUUUGAGGGUCGGCUUCAGCUAGUUAGUUAGCUAGAUAUAUGAUAGCAAGUUAUCUAACACAGGUAGUUAGAUAGGUAUCAGAUAUAACCUCAUCCAGGCAAGUCUUAAGAAUAUCCAGAAAACAUGUCGCCAAUUCCUGUCCUACCCCUUGUUAUCAACGGGUGCAUGUCUGCACUUGGGUCCUUGGUCACAUUAAAGCUAAUUCCAGCCUUCAAAGACCACUUCAUCUCAGCCAGACUCUAUGGGAUGGAUCUGAACAAAACUAACAAGAAGGAAGUGCCAGAGUCUCAGGGUGUCAUCAGUGGGACCGUGUUCCUCAUUAUCAUGUUCUGUUUCAUCCCAGUGCCUUUCCUCAGCUGCUUUGUAGAAGAGCAAUGCACUGGCUUCCCACACAAUGAGUUUGUCCAGCUAAUUGGUGCUCUACUCGCCAUAUGCUGUAUGAUCUUCCUGGGUUUCGCUGAUGACGUGUUGAACCUGCGCUGGAGACACAAGCUCCUGCUGCCCACCAUAGCCUCCCUGCCGCUGCUCAUGGUCUACUUCACCAACUUCGGCAACACUGUCAUUGUGGUGCCCAAGCCCUUCAGGCUCUUACUGGGGAUGCACUUGGAUCUGGGUAUUCUCUACUAUGUCUACAUGGGCAUGCUGGCAGUUUUCUGUACUAAUGCCAUCAACAUCCUGGCAGGCAUCAACGGCAUCGAGUCAGGACAGGCGCUCUUCAUCUCUGGCUCCAUCAUCAUCUUCAACCUGCUUGAGCUUGGUGGAGACUACAGAGACGACCACAUUUUCUCCCUUUACUUCAUGCUCCCGUUCUUCUUCACAACUUUAGCACUUUUCUACCACAACUGGUACCCUUCGUCUGUGUUUGUGGGAGACACCUUUUGCUACUUUGCGGGGAUGACCUUUGCAGUGGUAGGAAUCCUGGGGCACUUCAGCAAAACCAUGCUGCUCUUCUUCAUUCCUCAAGUGGUCAACUUUGUCUACUCACUACCCCAGCUAUUCCAUGUAGUACCCUGUCCCAGGCACCGCCUCCCCAGACUGAACCCAGACACAGGAAAACUAGGAAUGAGUUGGUCUAAAUUCAAAAGGAGGGACCUCUCCAAAUUGGGAAAUCUUAUUUUACAGGUGGCGGAGAUGCUGCGGGUGCUGGAAGUGAAGCGUGGCCAGGAGGGCGAUGAUGAGUUUGUGGAGUGUAACAACAUGACCUUAAUAAACCUGGUGCUGAAGAUACUGGGACCCACACACGAGAGAGAUCUCACCACGAUCAUGCUGCUCAUACAGGUACUGGGGAGUGCGUUGGCUUUCGGGAUCCGCUAUCACCUGGUUCGCCUCUUCUACGACGUCUAGAGAUGCCACAGCUACAGAGCGAAAGCUGAGAGACUACAGAGAGGGAUGUCCAACUAUGCUGGACCAACUGCGUCUGAUCCAUGAAGAUGAUUUUGACUAUUGAUUCCUUGAUUAUUGCUUCACCUAUCCUUAUCUGCUUUAAAAUGGGUCUGUUUAUAACACGACUGACAGCUGAGGAUGACCUCAGUUCUUCAAAGGAAAAAGAACAGGAGAAAAAUUCAUGCCACUCAAAGGCAUCACAAUUGAUAGAAUUCAGGAUCUGCUAAAUUAACUAUUUCAGGAUGAGCAAUUAAGCACAAUCAUACAGUUGUGAAAAGAAAGGCAAGAGGUCCAUGCACAGGUCAAUACCCAGUCUAUAUUGAGGAUGGCUACUCUUUGUGACAGACAGAUUGCAUAUGGAGGGAUUGGGAGGAUAUUUUUUUAGUUCUUCUCUGAGGGGGUUUAAAGCGUUUCUUUAGUCCUAGAGGAGUUGAGGGUGGAGGGAACUCCAGAGCAGUAGUGGUGAGAUUACAAGGGCUACAUGAAGGUAUUAUCGAUUAGGAGGUGAAUUUUUAUGAAGGAGGAGGACAUGGAAUGUGAACUUUUCUCAGUUUAUAAUGUAUUUGUAAGCUUUGCCUUCGUAAUGCUAAUUUGUUUUGACACUGGACAAUUCUGCUGGUUGUGGGAAUGUAAAUACAAGUUUAAAAAAACUUGAGUGAUGUUUUACUCUUGCAAUGGAAUACUCCAACCAGGAAGUGCUCAGAACAAAUCAUUUCCUUUCUGAAAUGGUUAUUUAAUCAUUUUGAGACACUGAAAUAAUGCUGAAUACAGUCACUACUGAUAUUUCUAACCA